AUGGAAGAUGUAGGUGAUGAAUAUUCCAAUGAGUUAGUUUCAACAUCAUUUUUCCAAAGAUCUAGUGGACAAGAAUUAUUUGGCAUGCAUGAUCUUGUUCAUGAUUUAGCCAAAUAUGUAUCCAAGGGACAUUGUAUUAUAUUACAAGAUGACAGCUCAAAAGAUGCCAUUGCGAAUGUGCAUCAUGCUUCUGUUAGAUAUUUGGAUUCGCCAAUGAGAUAUGAUUCUAUUAUUACUGAAGCAACCCAUUUGCGUACCAUUUUCCCACUAUUUUCGACUUCAUAUAGAUACUUAUCUAAUGAAGUAGUGAAUCUUGUAAUAUUAAACUUGAGGUAUUUAAGAGUAUUAUCAUUUCAUGGUUGUGUAACUAUGAAGGAAUUGUCUGAAUCAAUUGGUGAGCUAAAGCAUCUUCGCUUCCUUAGGCUCAGCCACACUAGAAUUGAAAGACUGCCAAAAUCUGUGAGUAAGUUAUUGGUAGAGAUGCCAAGGCAAAUGAGUAAAUUGAAAAGUCUCCAAACGUUGACUGAUUACAUUGCCGGAAAAGAUAAUGCGACCAACAUAGGAGAGUUGAGGGAGCUUUCCGAUCUUCAAGGGCAACUUUGUCUUCAGAAUUUAGAGAAUGUUGCAAAAGCAAGUGAUGCAUCAGAUGCCAAGUUGGUGGACAAGAAGUAUCUUGAAGCACUGCGUUUGGACUGGAAAGGCGAUGAUAAAGAUCGAAAACAUGACAGAGAUUUUGCCACCACUUGGACAGCUACCAUCCCUGAAACUCUUGAAAUUCAUGGACUAAAUAGGGUGGUGAAUGUGGGUGCUGAGUUUUACGGGUUCAAUUCUUCUAAUAAUUCUGUGAGAAAGCCGUUUGCAUCAUUGAGAAUCUUAAGUUUCAGUAAUAUGUCAGCAUGGAAAAAAUGGUCUUCCAUUGAAGUUGAAGAAGGUGGCGAAGUUUUCCACAAGCUGCAAGAACUCCGAAUAAUUAACUGCGAUAAGCUGACGACAAUUGAUUGGCCAAGAAAACUGCCAUGUUUAACAAAGCUUAUAAUUAAAGGAAGUAGUGUGGGUAUUGUUUCGUCAUUUCCAAGGACUCCAGCUCUCCUUAUGUUGAAGUUAGGCAAGUGUGAAAAGCUGAAGCUAGAAGAGUUGUCACAAACAGUGCAAUCAAUUAAAGUUGGAGGGUGUAAUGGUGUAGAAUCAUUGAUGAAGAUAUUAAAGAAAAGCCAAAGUGGUAGUCAUCCUAAUCUUCAACGUCUACAUAUCCACAAUUGCUCAUCCCCAACUACAUUGCCAACAGGAUGUCUGCCUAGUACCCUGACACAGCUAAAAAUCAAGAACUUCUUCGUCUUCAAGAAUGUGAAAACUAGAAUCUCUCUCAGUCUCGUCAGGCCAACAUCCCAGCCUAAAAUCUCUAUCUUCACAUCUUUUCCCAGUGACAGGUGGCAUGCCCCCAAUCUUAGUAUUCUCGUACUUCAUGGUUGCAAGAAACUAAAGAAGCUUCCUGAACAAAUGUCUAACGUCCUUUCAUCUCUGAAAUGCUUGCGGAUCAGUGAUUGUCCUGAGCUGGAGUCAUUUCCUGAAAGCGGUCUCCCAUCUACUCUGAUGGAACUUUGGCUAGCAAACUGCAGUAAAUUGAUAGCACAGAGAAUGAAGUGGAAUUUGCAAACAUUCCAAUCUCUUACAAGCUUUACAAUCGUAGAUGAAUUUGGAAAUGUGGAAUUGUUUCCAGAGGAGGGCUUGCUGCCUACAAGUCUCACUGUUUUAUGGAUUUGUGGAUUUCCACAUCCUAAAAGGCUGGAGGAGCUUAAACAGCUCACCUCUCUCAAAAAUCUACGCAUAUGGAGAUGCCCUCAAUUACACGAUCUGCCACAACAAGGCUUUCCUACCUCUCUUGCUUAUUUAGAUAUCCAGAAAUGUCCAAUCCUCAAAGAAAGAUGCCAGAUUGACAAAGGACAAGAUUGGAACAUUAUCUCUAACAUCUUCAGGAUUGACAUUGAUGGUGAUCGCAUCAUUGGAAGAUAA